GUCGAUCUUCGAUAACGAUGUGUCAAAACAGAUGGUGUCUUCUUGUUUGUAGUGCCCGCGGGAAAAUCCGUUCGCUCGUCGAAUGCGGGAACGGUCAAACGGAUUUUUCUUGCCCUUUGAAUCACAACCGUCGAACUUACUGCUAGACAAAAACCGCCCGUGAUUGGUCUCAUGGAUUUAAAAACCAGUAAUUAAAUAAUUCUAAGUUAGAUAAAAUAUCCAAAUGCUUAAACUGUGAUUAGUGCUUAUUAUGAAAAACCAGUGCUCAAGUUAGAAUAGUGUGAUUACAAAAGAUUGUGUUCAUGAAUUGCUGGUUGGAAGAUUCCUAGAAUCGGUUAUAGAAUGGAACAGGAAGCAUUCCUCACACCUCGUAAGAUCUUCCAGAAUGCGUUCAACGCUGCUAGGAAGUCAACGACCGGUGCGAACUCACCGUCGGUCAAGGCAUACACGCCAACGUCUCUAUCCAGGACGGCUGCCGGAACCAGUAGGAUUAAUUUACUUCCGGUCAUCCAGACGCCUCCCUCAAGAAUGGUUAAGGGAAAAGUGAUAAACCCAUUUGAGGCUCAUCUGACGGAUCGGUUGCACCUGCCAGUGAUUUGUAGCCCUUCGCUUUUUCAACGGCCUAGUACGCCCCAGAGCGGUAGCGUCACACAGUUCGAAUGGACCAUUGACGAGGUGAGCUAUCUGGGCCCGGCCAAUGUGGAAGCCCAUGAAACGCAAUUUAUGGAAACACCAGACCCGGUGCUGGAAGCGAAGGCCCAAGCAGCAAUCAGUGCGUACUUUAAAGAUCACAGCAUAGUUCCUAGCCCCAUCGACUGCCAACUACGUAGCCAGAAAAUCAUAUUGAAUGGAGAAUCUACGGCCAUCGACAGUUUUAUGGGCAGAAAGUCCAAACGGAAACGGGACGGAGUGACCCAGACUGUUUUAACUUUCCCACCGAUUUUACCCAAAGAAGUUGAAGACAUGUUGGCGCCCUACUUUAGUUUCCAUGAUAAUCAACAGCAAACCCACGAAUCAAUUAACGAAUCUGACACAAGCAUCGAUCACGAUGCUCGAGAUGCGUCCCUCCGUAGAAAACUGUUCAACUGCUCGGCGGCAUCGACCGUUUCAGAAUCUCGCGAUCAGGAAGAUUCUCUGGAUCAUUUGGAUAUGCAUUCGCUUAGCCCGGCGCCGGUCACUCCGGAAGUCGACAAAGAGUCCGCACAAAACUUGAAACGGUCACGUUGCUUUGGAUCGCAAGAAAUCAGAAUCGAUCCGGAGGACAUCUCCCUCAGCCCCGUUGUGGAACAGGAAAAGGAAUCUUUCGGAGCUCUGUCGCCCAUUUCCAAGAGCUCGACGUCUCCUUCGCCGCUGAAACCCGGGUCCAAUUCCACCGAGCUGUCAGACCAUGAUGCUAUCUAUCGAAGCACGCCGGAACGUCCGAAAAGUUCCGUGAUGGCGAUGAAUUGUAGCGCCAACAGUCACCACAUGUCCGUUGAUCAAGGUGAAAAACAAGUCGACCUAACGGUAGAUUUCAACGACGAGGAUCUGUCCUACGAGGACAAUCCCCUGGCAUCGUCACAGUCGUCCUCGUCGGUGUCGCAACAUCCAACCACACCGCUACGUCACACACCCCGGGAGAGACGUCGGAAUCGGAAGAACCUUUCGCGUUCGUUCCUCCUGUACUCAGACGAGGAUCGAUUCGAGGAAGAGCAGCAAGAUCAGCAACAACUGUCGAAGAAGGAAUUCCAUCACAGGAGUUUCGCAGCCAUCAGCCGGGAUAACAAGGAGAACAUGAGCCACUCGCAGGGUAGCCGUUGUUUGGCUAAAUCUGUCCCGGAAACAAGUAGCGGCGGUAAUUUCUAUCGCAUGGACAGUGGGUUCAAUGAGGAGGAAACACGUGUAAGUCAAGAGACUGUUGAAUAUGAGACUGAUGUUUCAAUGCAAUCCGAGUGCUGCGAGGGUGGCGAUCGGCAGACACCGCAACGUUUCGAGAUCGCACCCCGUUGGAAAAUGUCCACGAUGGCCAAUUCCGACGGACAGCAUCACACCGGUUGCUCCAUAAGACUGUAAAACAGCGAAUUUCUUAUUGAGAUUUUAUACUAGGUUAUCAGGUAUUAGUGCGAAUGAAUCAACGAGAGUGCAGUGGAGUUCGUAAGUUAGCUAGUUUCAAUGAGACGAAAAUUUCGCAUUUUCAAUUUUAUCCUUAGAAAGUUUGUUUGGCUGUUUUGCCGAAAAUUUGUUUCCUAUGUUUAUUUUAGAAGGUAUAUUGUAAUUAUAUUUCAUUGGAUUGUAAAACAUGACCAUUGACGCGCUUCUUGUUCAUUAA